UAUCAUUCCCACAAUUGUUCGUCUGAGCAACCAAAACCCCGAAAUCCCGACGACAAUCUCGUUGACGUAACGCAAUCCACUGACUGCGUGCUGUGCGUAUUUUGCUUGGUUUGUGUUCGUUGGAGUUGGAGCAUGGACAAGCGGAGCAAUGACGCUGGCGGACCUUCCAGCGGCGGUGCCAAUGCGAAACCAAACCAUCCACGACGAGGAGGCCGUGCUGCUCGGCCAACUGCACCUGCUCAGGCUCCUGAUGCGACCAUGGCGCCAUCCACGACUACUGCUGCUGCUAGUGCUGCAAUGACGAGCGGUGGGGCAGCCGGCGGGCGAAGACAGCGCGGCAAUCGUCAGCCGCCAGCUGGGUCUCAGCCGCUCCCUGCAGUGUCUGCCGCAGCAGCCGCCCCAUCGUUACCGAGAUCCACGGCUAGUGACGCGAUGCCUCCUUCCGGAGCUGUUGUGGCAUCGACGAGCGGAGCAGCAGACCUCCCGCCUGUGACGGGCUGGAUUACCGGUCAAUGCACGCUCGCGAGACAUCUGGAGGCCGCCAUGCAGCAACUACAGUCAGAGCCAAGAGCUGAGAGUUCCAGCAGUCCUUUGGGAAGCGCUGGACUGGCCAGACGCCUGGCCGCCGUGCAUCUGAUGCACAAUUUGUUCCACGCUGGCGGCACGGGCGUAAUCCUGUCCAAAGCCACAACGCGAGCCCGCAGCCAGGGUGCGCCACCAGCGACAGCAUCCUCGUCGCGAUCACAAGUGCCGGCGCAGCUCUCAGAACUCUGCGGGGUCGUUGUGCAAAACCUCGAUUGGUUGAGCACGACGCUUUCAGAGCUUGUUCAAGAAGUCUCGACACACCCGACCGCGCUCGGUCGCUCUGCAGCGAUCGUGCUUGGGACAAUGCUCUACGUGAUGCCGACAGACAGCGUACAGUCGACCAUCCUGACAACUUGUCAGCGUGUUAUCGCAGCCGUCGAACGAAAUGCCUUUGAGGAAGCGUAUCGAUCAACGCUCGUCUUGUUCUCGGCGUUUUCGGGAACGCCACUUCCAUCCCUAUUGCCCGACGAAAUGCCCACAGUAUAUGACGCCGUCUUUAUGGCAUCGGUACCGAGCAGCAGCUCUGAAACACCGACUACUGCCACUUCUGCUGGGCUUGAUAGCUUCCUGCCCCACACGCUGUCCACGUUGUCAGCGCCGGCAGUACAGAAGGCGGUGCGAGACAGGCUCUCUCCAACGGUGACGACAUUGGUCCAAGCGGUGCAAUCGUCAGUCCUUGGCCUCCGUUCUACGGAAAGUCCGGCGCCCGAGGAGUUGGUCGAGCUUGCACUGAAUCUCCUCAUCGUCGUCUUUCGUGAUCAUACAGUGGCAUUCGCGCUGAUUCCUAUGGUGGAAUUGUUGGUCGGCUGGCUGGUAGACCCACGCACCCCAAGCACCCUUUGUGUGCGAAUUGGAGUGCUCCUGAUGCAAUUGCAACCACCGCUGUGUCGGCAGGCGGCGUUCGCACUCUCCCUUCACGCCCAACUCGUUAUUGAUUUGGAUGAAUGCGCGCGGGCGCUCUCGUCAAAUGCAUCCCUUCCAACAAGCGGCAGCCCCAGUGAUGUUUGUGCACCGUCCACCCGCGCGUACCCACACCCGGAACCAGCUGGGAGCGAACUAGCUCGACUUGCCGCGUGCCUAUCCCGCCCGAUCGAGUUUGGCUGGCCAACUCGGACUCCGCAGAGCACUAGCACUGUUGACUUGCAUCUGUUAGAACGGUUUUUGGCUCUCCAGCGCGCCUGGAUUUCCAUUCAAACUGCAACCGCCUCCCUCACGUCUGCGCCAACCGCUCCGUUUUCUCGCGACUUGGUUCUACAUGUGCAAUCCGUUUGGGCCAGGUCUAUUCGAGGAAUGCUCGUGGUUUGCGAUGCUGUGAGCAGCAUGGCCGCCCCUCCAUCCGACGUUUUGGUUCCGAUUGUUGUGGCUGGAGUCAUGGCGGCUUCAAGGUUUGGAAAACAAUGCCCCUCAAUCAUGGCGGAGGCAUGCGCCGAACUGCUCUCGUCUCUGGCAAACUCUCGCACAUUAAGCGCGACCGGACUUGAUGAACUCUUGGACGAGGUGCGCAAGGUUGUUGAGACGUCUGGUGCGGACUUGUCUCUCGACGCUACCAAAGGCUUUACCUUGGUUGGACAAGAUCACAGAGCGCCAUGUGUGGACAGGCUCUGGAGAAUGAAUGAAUCUCGCAGUGUAAAGAGCUUGAUUGGCCUCCAAGCGGCGCUUGUGUUCUCAACAAGCGGUCCAGGACAAGAGCACUGUGUUGCAGCACUUAGAACGCAACUGCUGGAACUUGUUGCUGUCGCCCAUCCCUCGCCGGCAGAAACUACUGCUGCCAUGAACAAACUGGGCGUUUGGGCAGCAGUAGUGGAUUGUUGGACGCAACCGGACUGCGCUCGUAAACCUGUCGUCACUGUUCUUCCAACCACCUUUGCAUUGCUGCAAACUUCCCUUUGCGAGUUGUGUCACGCAUCCAUGGCGGUGGCUCUGGCUGCGACGGACGCAUCGAGUACGCUUCACGCUUGGAGUGUGUGGCAAACGGCCUCCAAGAUCUUGGUACAGUUGGCUGUUGGCACUCGAUUCCAACUGUCGCCUGCGUGGUCGGAUCAGCAAGCACACAACGAGUACAUUCAGCAAGAACGGAAACUGUUUCCCAACGCCAGUCUGGACGGAUGCAGUUUGGCAACCGACACCAGCGCCGCUCCAUUGCUCCUCCCGACCCUUCCAUCCACUGGGCAGCUGGCCAUUUCUUGCAUAGGACUGGCUUCAUUGAGCAUCUCGGCGGCUGAUGCCAUGUUUUCGCGUUUUGGAGUAGAUGGGGAGCACCUGCGGCACAGCGUGCACGUCGAUGUGAGCACUACGCUACGCUGGGUUGGCCCAAUGUUGCUUCGCAUGCUCCAUGUGAUGCGGUGCCCACCAGGCACCGUUGAUUGCAACGCGUUGCGGGAUGCCCUCGUCAAGUCUGAUCUGACGCCAGGUCUGGUGUCGUUGUUGGAGCACGCCGUCACGACACCUGCGCUCCAUCCCGUUCGUGCCAUGCUUGCCCCUUGUUGUCGCAUUCUUUCCAUCGCUUUCGAGAUGGCAGCGCCCUUUGAAGAAGAACAGCCCGAUGGACAGACUCGCCUGCGUUCUUUGCAAUCCAGGGCCGCUUCCACUGCCCUCACGCUCGCUCUGCAAUAUGAGUCAGCCAGCAACCGAGACGGCGUCAAUGUUCUGAGUGCGGCGCUGGCAUUGCUUGCUCAGCUGGAUUGGCAGACCGAUCAUCCUUCGAGCUUGUUACGGCAUAGCCAGCUCCUCACCGAGGCCUACGUGCAGGUCACGCGGCCCAACUCUGCCACCUCGCACUGGAGGUCCCCCGUCAUUGCCCCCGACCAGUUCCAGUGGGCCAUGUCCCACAUCUUUCUCGCUCCACUCUCAGUGACUACUACUCCGCUUCCAGCGUCUGCGACAAACGACGGCACACUGGAGGCGGGGUCACUCGAGCGCCCGCCGUUGCCUGCACUUGCCGAGUUGUACCAGGUUUUCCGGUCCACCGGGCAUGACGAUGCUGGUGUGAGCGAGGUGGUCAUGUUGCGGUGGUUGGCGUGGGAGUGCGCGUCGUUCUGUGUUCAGCAUCGGUUUCACACCUAUCUGGGCCAAGCGCCUGAAACGCUUCAACAGCUGGAUAAGGUGUUGCAGGAGAUUGCACGGACAUCGACGAGUGUGGCUCCGACGCAACUCGCGCAUUCUCAACAGCCAUCUGCACUGGGAGCUUCGUCAACCCCCGCAGCAAUCCGCCCGUUGAUCGCAAUGUGCUCCACCCCGAACGAACCCACGGAUGCAUCGUUCGAGCAGGCUCUGCAGCGCUUCACUCGGGUGCGGCUGGCACGUUCCCUCCAUGUCCAAGCGUUAGUCUGGUUUUUGGAUGCCCUCGAGCGUCUAAUGACAAACUCGUGGCAUGGAUCGCUGUCCUUGCCAUCCGCGUCAAAGAACGCAACCCUGUUUUUCGUUGCCAAUCGGGCCAUUUGUGAACAGUGGCUGUUGCAGGUCAGAGGAAAUCUUGUGCUCGCCGCUGCAAACUCUGGAUUGACCUCCGAAUGGGCUGUCUUUCAUGCCACUCGUCGCUUUCGACUCCUCUUCCAGCAGUUGGUGCAGAACGGGCUGCAGUUUGUUCAGCCACCAACCUCCACCGCGACCACGCCGGCAAGCACGAGUGCCAAAGCAGAUGCCACCCCGCCAGAGUCCGCAAAGGCGAGCUCUGCUGUCGGCAGCGCAUUGUUGGCGACCUUUGAGCGUUGCGAAAGUGCGUUGGUGGAUGUCAUCAAACAUCUCGUGGGAAUGAGCGCUGCAUCGCAAAUUCGUGGAAUUGCUCUGCAUGUGCAGCAACAACUGAAAGCGCUUGUGCAAAAGCUCAGUGCGGCUCAAGCUUCUUCUUCUCGCACGCCUGCUGGCCACGCACCUCCAUCUCCGAGUGGGAAGGGCGCGAAAGGAGGUCAGCGAGCUUCAAACACCCAAAGUUCAACCUUGCCGCAUCAUAAAGUGCUGCUGGCCCGCCUGUCAAACUGGCUGGAUUGGCUGGAGCCUUGCGCGCUCGAGGCUGAAGGUGCGGUGGAGCAAGCUGUUCCAAUGUACCACGACGCUCUUGUUCGCCGGUUGGAAGCCUUCCAUCAGCUCGUUCGGGAAACGCCAUCGCCAACUGCCGCGUCGCCGCAGGGUACCGAGAAUGUCAAGAUGGCCGAUUUUGCCACGCUUCAAGUGCCUGCAUGCAACGUGGAUGUGUGGACGCUUCUCGUGGAUCGCUUGGUGGACUGCGUUGUGUCCUCCAAUGGGAUGGCUUUGACGCUCGAGACGCUCGACUCGCGCCUUCGGGAGUGGCGACAGGAAGUUUCGCACACUUGUGCACUCGUGCCGAUUGAUGUCGUUCUACUGCCCCAUGUGGACUUGCUUUCCAGUGCUUUAGGCUUCCGCCGACAUUUGCACUUCUUGCUGUCUCUGUCAACCUACGACGAGCACGGACCCUCUGGUUUGGCAGACGUGACGUCCACUCGUGGUCUCACUGGAGUCCAGGACAAUGAUCGACUUGGCCCUCAAGGACUGCUUGAUUUUUCCGCAGCUAUUCGGUUGCAGGCUGGUCUGCAGACCAAUCCCAGCAGCUUGGCCUCCUUCAUCGAACUCGCCCAGUGCAUCAACGCCCCUCUCGUCACCUCGCAAUCUCACGAUGCCUCGAUCGCAGGCAUGGAUUCCUUGCUACUGCGCUGGCACGACUUGCUUCAAAGCACGGUGCCGAAUCCCUCCGGCAACAAACCGAUUGCUUCUGGCGUUUCCUUGUUGCACUCGAGCUGCGCAACUGGUCUCGGACGCGAUGUGCCCGAUGUCGCGAGAGCCUUGGCUCGUCAAACAGCCAGCAAUCUCCCUGGUGCCGCGGCUUCGCGUGACCUGCUGCGAGCAGUUCGACUUGCGCGUAAAAGUCAAAAUCACAAGCUUGCAGCACGGUUUCUGGACGCGGCUGAAGCGCGGUCUGACGGGCGCAUUCUGCCAGUGACGUUUGCCCUUGAACGAGCCAAGCUACUGGGCACUCAACCUACCACUCAGUCUGCUGCGAUAGUUCUUGCCCUCGAUGCUUCAGACCGCGCCCUCGGGAGCUUCUCGAGAGAUUCGGCUGCCUCGGUGCACGACGACCCAGGAGACGUUGUUCGCUGUCUCUCGUUUGUCUCAAAGCACUUGGAGUCAAAGUCGCCGGAGUUUGAUGCUGUGGCGCAAUCGCGCUUGGACAAGUUUUUGUCAUCCCGCCAGGCAAUGCCGUCAAAAACGGGCUCCAAAUUCUUUGGCAGCCGUGACGCCCGUAUUUUGAGCCUGCUCAAAACCGCGACCGGCGUUUCGACUGACAAUGCCAAGGCUUGGUUCCGACUGGCCACUUGGACGUACCACCAUGCUCGCAAGCACACUGAUCGAAUUCUGAACGGCGAAGCGGCAUUCCCCAGUUCUGCAGCCGACCGGGAGGAAGUGAGCCGGGUUGUACUGCGACAUGCCUCGUCGUCGUCGACACUGCCUGCCAGCCUUCUCGACACCCUUACAAACACAUUGGUGUCGCCAAUCCAAGCGACUCCCUCGCAGACGGGCGGUGACACGCUUUGGUCGCAAACAAUGCGACUGCGACGGGACGGGGUGCACAGACGCGUGUUGGAAGCGCUUUCGUCUCACAUUCCGGACUCGGCGAUCGCAGCCUGCGGUGAAGAGAUCAUGAAGUUGGUUUGGGAUGCGAUGGCGGAACGGGUCCCUGAGCUGUACCGGAGCGCAUUAGAUGCACACGUGUGCUUCUUGCAGCACGCGUCGCAUGGCCUGGGUGACGGCGUGGAUGAAACUGUGGUGACUGCUACACUGCAUGUGCUUCGUCUCGUGGUCAAGGCGGCCGACGGGUUUGCCGCCGAGUUUCAGACACGGCUUACGGCUCUUCCUGCCGGAGUUUGGCGUGGCAUCGUCCCACAGCUCUUUUCGCGGCUCGCCCAUCCAAAUUCCGCAGUGCGAGAUGCAGUUUCGGGACUUGUCCUGCAGCUCUGCGACCUCUCCCCCGCAGAGUUGGUUGUACCAGCAGUUGUGAGGGCGCGCGAAGACCGUACUGGGUUUGACAAUGUAGGGCGUAAAUCUCAACGGCUGGCGGCUCGCGCCAUGUCUGAAAAGAUUGUGGCACGCAUUCAAACAACCCAUCCGCAGCUCGUCGCCGAGACGGAGCAGCUCAUUUCCGAACUCCAGCGCGUCUCGGUCCUUUGCGAUGAAGAACUCGCGGAAACUCUGUCGAGACUGCAACCCGAGGCCAUCAAGCGGCUCGAGCAUGUCCAAGUUGAGGCCACGCGCGUUCUGGAUAUUGACACGCUUGGAGCGGAAGCAAAGAAUGCUCUCAUCAAGGAAAAGCUUGCCCUCAUCAUGAAGCCCAUUGUAUCCGUGUUGAUGCGUCUGCAGCAUCAGCUGCUCGCUUCGACUAGCGCAAGCACGCCGCACGAACGCCGCUUCCGAGAAAAGUUUGAGUCCAAGUUUUCGCUUGCCUUACACGCUUUGCAACACCCCUCUGACGCGCGUCGCAUUGUGGCGUCGUGCUGGCAUGGCUUUCAUGUAAUUUUGGAGUCCGUGCUGCGUCGUGAUUCCAAACACGCGGCGGGGGAUGAUUCUGACGACUUGGUGUCCAUGACUCAACCGCCAGGCAUGCUGUCGGUUGCCAGCAUCAGUCCCAAGAUGUUUGCAAUGCGUGACCUGGCCCUGCCAAUUCCUGGUGCACCCGCUGGCGUCACCCUCCAACGAGUGUGUGACAGUGUUCCUGUCAUUCCCAGCACUGAAGAUUUGCAUCUCGACGAACGCAUCAUGCAGUUCAUGUCGACGGUCAACUCUGUGCUGCGUCGCCCCUCGUCUCGUCCUCAGCAUGCCCCAAUGACUGCUCGCACAUACGUCGUGCUACCGCUGGGACGUCGCUCUGGGUUGAUUCAAUGGGUGGAUGAUACUGUCUCUCUGUUCAGUGUGUACAACCGUUGGCAGCGCCGCGCGUUGUCCGACAUGCAGCAGCAGCAGCAGCAGCAGCAGCAGCAGCAGCAACAGCAACAGCAACAGCAACAGCAACAGCAACAGCAACAGCAACAGCAACAGCAGCAGCAGCAGCAACAACCGCCACCGCCACCAACACAACAAUUGCAAAAUCAGCAGCCCCUGGGACCGGCGCAAAUGUAUUGGAACGCUUUGGGCCCUGCGCUCAAGGCCGCAUCGGUCGACCCACACACUACUCCUCGAGCCGAUUGGCCGCGACCUGUCUUGCGCUCCGUGUUUGACGCCUUGGUUGCUGAAACGCCGAGCGACUUGCUGGCAACCGAGCUGUGGCUCGCUUCGCCCACACCUGUCGCAUGGUGGUCGGCCUCGUUGACGUUCACUCGUUCGGCAGCCGUGAGCUCGAUGGUAGGCUACGUGCUUGGCCUGGGCGAUCGGCACUUGGAGAACAUUCUCGUCAACUUGCAGUCUGGAGAGCUGGUCCACAUUGACUUUAACAUAUGCUUUGACAAGGGCCGUCGAUUGCGCGUCCCGGAAGUCGUGCCGCUCCGGCUCACGCACAAUCUGCAGACCGCGCUUGGACUCGGCGGACUAGAAGGAGCCUUCCAAGACAAAUGUCAGCAGGUUCUCUCCGCGAUGCGAGGUCGUCGCGAGACCCUUCUGACGCUGCUCGAAACAUUCAUGUACGAUCCAUUGGUGGACCAAAGCCGGUCCGACACGCGCGAUCGGCGCCAAAUGGAUGUGCACGCCCAGAUUGGCUUGCUGGCGACACGUGUGCUCGAGCUCAAAACCGAGCUUGGAACGCUUCGGAGCAGCGUUGCUCCCAGUAUCAGAGAACUGGCGACUCGGUGGGAUGCGAUGGUGCAACAUGCGGUAGCAGAGCGCGAACUGGCCGCUCAGUACCAAACCGAGCAGCAGGAAUACCAGGCCUUGUCUGAUGCCAGUGCCCUUUUGUCGACGGGCAUUCCGGCCUUGAAUCAAGCUGAAGCCACCUGGGCUGAGGGUCACAAGACGCUGGCGCUGUCUACUGCACAUCUUGCAACACUGUUGGAGCGUGCACGCCAAAUUUGUGCUUCCAACCGCGACACUCUGGCAUUGUUGUCUCCGUUUGAGACUGCCCCAUCACCGCAGCCAAUGGAGCUCCCGCUGGCGCAGGCACUCUCCACCUCGGGCUUGUUCCGUCUGAUCCAUGCCAUGACAUCCACGUCCCUAGCACGCUCUGUUGAGGGGCUCAGUCCAGCCGAUGCCGUCCGUGCGUUCUCGAGCCACGCGGACUUUGCUGAGGCGCUGUCCUCUGCAGGCUUUGGCAACCAGUGCCAACAGGCAGACCAGCGCGCGGCCGACCUCCAUGCAGCGCUCACCCACCGAGCUGUGGUGUUGACGCAGAUCGUCCACCUUGUACGAGGUGCAUUUGCCAAAUUGGGCCUUGCUGCACUUGCAGUUUUCCAUCGUGCGUCCUUGUGGAACGAUUGGUCGGUUGCUAUUGAACCUGCCUUGGCCCAGUUGACAUUGCUCCAGAGUAUGCCGCUUGAGAAACUCGCCGCGGCUGGUGCCGAGGGAGAGCAAGCGCUAGCCGCCAGUCAGUUGGCAGCAAGCAGCGCACUUCAAGCUGCUUCGCUCAAGGUGACAGCGUCGCUGCAGCCUGUUCUCCCAUCCCCGACUGUCAAGGCCUUUUUGCUCCAUUGGGCCGCUGGUGCGCUUGCAGACCAUGCACGAGCCGUUCAGCGCAUUCGUCGACUUCAAUGGCCAGAGCUUGUCAGCGAGGUUGAGGAUGCUGGCAAUAGUAGCAGCACUGCCUGGUUGCUGCCGUCCAGCGACUCGCUCGACCUACAAGCUUGCGCAGCUGCGAUGGCGGACUUGCGCGCCACCCGUGAUUCCGCGCUGCAAAUGUAUCAGUUGCAGCAGAGUCAAGCCCCCACGCUUGGAGUGACGCUUGCUCGUGUGACAGUCUUGCAUGAGCUCAGCGUGGAGUGGGACCAGAGUUUUGUGUCGCUUGGGCGAUCUCUCUCUGAUCGCACGCUACCAGCCGCAGGCGACCAGCUGGAGCAACUGGCCUCCAUAUCGUGUGCUGUCGAUGCUAUGAUGGGAACGAUUUCAAUCGAGCACGAAGGAGGCCACGACAUGCAUCGUCAAAUGCCCGUGGUCGCGGCUGUCUUUGGGGCUUUGCGCGCGGCAUUGCAAGACUUGGAGACGCUUCGACUUUGCAUUUUGCCAGUUAUUUUUGGUGCUUUGAUGUAUCGCUCGCGUUCGUUUUGCGAGACGGACGAACAACUUCUCGGCGUACUGACGGCCCAUGUGGAAGUCGGUGAUGUGCAUCAACAAGCAGAUGUCGUUUUGCAGCAGUGCGAAGCUGGGCUUCCGCCUGUGGGGACGUUUGAUCAGCUGCAGUCCAAGCCCGAGUUCCAGCAGAUGGUUGGAUCGCAGCCCGUUCGUGCGCUGGUGCUGGUCAUUCUUCUCUUUGCCCGAUGGCUUGAUCGCCGAGUGCAAGAGGCGCAGCAAUGCGCUGUGCGUUAUGGCAUUGCGACCGGACUAUCACGCGGCGCAGCAGCGGGUGUCGGCGCCAUGGAGGAUGACGUCGAGCUGGACGAGACGACUGGUCGAGAUCACGCUGCGCCGUCCGUAACAGCAGCAGCAACAGCAGCAGCAGCAGGCCCUGUUGAUCUUUUGUCGCAGGGUUUCGUGGCGUGUCAGUCGAUUGUUCGUCCGCUGGUUGGGUUGGCACGGGCAAUGACGUACUUUGACUCUGCCGAGCCAGCUGCCGAGCCAGCUGCCGAGGAGCCAGCAGUGUCCGUUGGUGUCGAUUUGCACUGUACGCCAGCGCAACAUGUGGCAGCCACUGCGCUCUCGGCUCUCAGCCAGCUGGCUGCGAGUGUGGUGUACAACCCAUUGCCCAGCGCGGCUGUUGCGGGAAUUUUGCGGCAAGUGGUUUAUUUCGCCGUCCACCCACAGGCGACGGUUGAGACUGGUGCUGCAGCCGCUACUUUUGAAAGCAACGAGAAGCGCAUCCGUGCUCGGCUCGCUGAGAGCUUGUCUGCCGGGACGUUGAACGCGGCUGAACUGCAGACGGCGCAUGAGACGCUUCACGCAGUGGCACGCUCCACCCGACGAUGGGAGCAUGUUCGACUUCUUGAGGCCCGCGCUGUCUGUCACUCGUCUGCCAUUGAGCUGGUGCACACCAUUCGCGAGGUCUUUUUGUGGACAAAUGCCCGACAGCUGGAUUCACGCGCGUCGACCCCGGGUGAACCAGGCACCGAGGAUGUGGCUGUGAGCGUUUUGUGCCACGACGCAAUGGUGCAGCGGCGAACUGCCUUGCAUUCGCUUGCUGUACUGCUCCAGCAGAUUCAUCAAUGCGAUGCAAUCGUGUAUCAAGCACACGGCGAAUACUGCGCUCUGGAAGAUAGCCUGCUGACGGAAGCGGCUUCGUUUGCUCAUUUCGAGGCGUUGCAGGCGGCUGUUGGUGCCAGGAGGCAGCGCGUCCUGCAGGAUGUCGAGCACACCAAUCGCUUCCUCGUCGAGGUGGCCAAGCUCGGGCAUUUUGAAACGCAGCGAGGCGUUCCAAUCACGUUAGAGCUCCAACAAGAAGCGACCAACCUUCUGCAACUCUUGGAGCACGCAAUGACGGCAGUUACCACCCAGCACAGCCUUGUCGUUGCUGUGCGCCAACAGCGUCAUCAGCUGCAGUACGCGCUACCGUACAUUCCUCGCAACUCGGACACUGGUGGUUACCGCGAGAAUUGGCUGGAGCACCGCCUCCGAACCUUGACGAAAACCACUCCAGCUCUGAAGGCUCGGUUGGCAUCCACCAUCCUGACGCUCUCUCAGCCCGCUGCCAAGGAGGUAGAGGCUGCGUUGGAGGUGGUCCGCACCGAGUUUGCGCCAUUUGAUACCGCAGCCGAAGACCAGCUUGAACCGCUCAUGGUUGCUGUAUCCCAGCGUGCCAGUGACUUUGUUCAGCAAGAGCAGCAGCAGGGUCGGCAAAAUCAAGCGGAUUCUGAAGACGAUCUGACUGGAAUCCAAUCCGCGCAAGUGCGAGUUGAAUCCACGCACUCUGCGCUUGUCGCUCUGCGGAAUGACUUCCACCAGCUGAUGGAUUGGUUGCUGCGGACGUUGCAUAUUGGAGAUUUGGACGAGCGACUGCGUGCGGUCAUUCGGCUAGAUCCUGCCAAGCCGCUGCAUGAACUCGCGGAUGCAGUCGACGGGAUGGCGGAAGACUUGCAGAAUCUGAACAGCCUCAGUGCCGAGCUGAAGACGACGAUGACGACCAGUAGUGUACCUUUCGCCACACCCGUUGCGGCAGUCGAUUCCCCCGCAGUUCUUCCGUCUGAAUCACACGGUCAGGAGCGCAACAAGCACCCUGGCACAGCGUGGCGCAAGGUUAAGGCUCGGCUAGAAGGCCGCUUGUCCGAGUCUUCCGAAGUCAAAUCAACAGUGGCUGAGCAAGUCGCUGCCGUCAUUGCGCAAGCAACAGAUCCAAACUUGCUCUGUGUCAUGUUUGAGGGCUGGACUCCGUGGGUCUGAGCACCAUCAACCGUUUUCAAACAGUUUUGACAUUGUUUUUUUUUUUGUUAUGUUUUUAUGAUUUUUU